AUGGAUUCAGAGACGACCUCUAGCCCAGGGUCAGCCAACGGCUCAACCGACACGCAACAACGAAUCAGGGAUCCCAAAAAGCGCAGUCUUAUCAAUGAUCCCAUAGCGCCUCCUUCAACCUCGACUGAAGCGGCAUCAUCAUUCCCAUCCCCUGAACUGGCAAGCUUCGAAAUUCCCAUCAACGUAGUCGACAGGCUGCCGGGAGGAUGGUCUCUGAGCAAGAACCUCCAAGUCCCCGAUCCCAGAACAGCUUCUCCAACAUCCUUCCUGUUCGAUCUCUACUUCACCAACUUUCACGACACGCACCCAUGGCUCUUGCCCAAGCUCCAACUUCUAAACCGUAUCCGUGCCGAUCCUCAGCCGUUUCACUUCCUCGCAAGUUGUAUAACUUACGUCGGAUCUCUCUUUUCCAAGGCAAUCUCCUCGGAAGAGUUGCGGGAGAAGGCAUACAGUCUGGCAAGCGGUGUUUUGCCAAUGACCCCUUGGACGAUACAAGGUCUUCUCGUCUUGAGCGUAGCGGCCUUUGGAGAAAACAGAAUGGACCUCAGCAGUGGCUGGAUGGAUACCGCGACUCAGAUGGCUCUUGAUCUUGGUAUGCACGAGAGGAUGUUUGCAGAUGCCGAGCCUGAUCCAUUCCUGGCAGAGAGCUUCCGUAGAACUUACUGGGCUCUCUAUUUCCACGGUAACAUGCGAGCGACGCGCGAGGAUUCGCCUAGUUUUGCCUUAUUCAGAGUUGCGGCAACGACUGAGCUGCCCUGCGAAGAGUGGGAGUACCAGUCAGGGGAAAUCCCGCAACCCAUAUCCUUGGCACAGUACGACGCCAGAGAUCCCAUGGGCGACAGAAGCUAUUCCUCGUGGACAUACCUGAUCGACCUGUGCCGACUUAGCGGCGAGCUGAUUCUUCCAAUGUCGACAUUUCCUCCCCAGCUGCUGGCCAAUACAAUUGAUAGGGCGGAUUCGAGGAUUGUCAGUUGGCUCAUUAGUUUGCCAAAGUGGAAACAGCAAUUGGUGGAUGCGGGAGGCGCUGUUGACAUGAUUCUGUUUCAUGCAAUGGCAUACGCUCAUGUAAUGCAACUACCCGUCGAGACUUUGGGCCUUGGAAUUCGAGAUCUUCUUACACUAGGCCCGGUGUUCAAGACACGCGAAACGUCAUCAUCUCAAACUCGACAAUCCUUUGCUGCACCAAACCAAUGGCUUGAGUGUUCUACAGCGCUUCAAGCAGGACUAUCGACCAUUGGCUUAUUCAACUUCUCGCUGCCCCCAGCCCGUUACAGCCCGGCUUGCAUCAUCGGGUUACAACGAGCUGCUUUGCCAUUGCUUGAUGCUAAGAUGUAUGGUGCAGUUGAGUCACCUGCCCUGAGAGAGAAGCUUGAUUUACUCCUGGGCGUACUCAAAGUCGCCGGGGAAAUGUGGCCUGUCGCGAAGAAUAUUGGUAACGAAGUGAGCGACGUGUUGAGGGAUGUGGACGUCGCCCACAACCGCAAUAUGAUGUCGCACUUCGACCCAGCCCUGGACGUCUUUAUCAAUGACAUGGCUUCUUCCGGGAACGUUGAGAAUCCUGACAUGUUUGCUUUCCCCGAGAUGAGAACAGUAGACGAUAUCCUCCACUGGCCCACGGGCAUGGCCGGAACUUUUCAGACACCGGUACCGACGCCUUGGUCGCUCACCGAGGAGACCGCAAAAAUGAGCUUUGCUAUCGAGGUACCCGGUGACGCCAACCCGCUAAGCUUGCAGGAGCUCUGCCGAGCCCUCGAGUCCGCGACCUCGGCCGACUACGCGCGUAGGCAGGCAGCCGGCCAGCAGCUAUCAUCAUGGGAGACUGAGCACGGAUACUUCUCCUCGCUGCAGACGGUUUUCCUUGAUAAGUCCCUCCCGCACGAGAUACGAUUUCUCGCUGUGAUUCAACUCAAGAAUGGAAUCGACAAAUACUGGCGGCUGCUCCCGACCGUUAAAGGCGGUUUAGAUCCGGCAGAGAAGACCGUCGUUCGGCAGCGCUUGUUUCAAGGUACUCUUGAGGAAGAGGACAGGGGGCUUUCGCUGCAUAACUCCCUGGUUACCGCCAAGAUCAUCAGAAUUGACUACCCUCAACACUGGCCAGACGCGCUGUCCAAUAUUAUCGGUCUCGUGAGGGCCUCGAAGGAUGGUAAUCAGCAUCAUUUACAUGGCGCCCUUCAGAUCCUUCUUCGAGUGGUGAAGGAGCUCGGUACCGCGCGCCUUAGGCGAUCACAGACCGCUCUUCAGUCCGUCACACCCGAGAUUGUCUAUCUUCUUGGAGAAGUUUACACCGAGAGGUCGGCGAUCUGGGUCAAUUUCCUAUCAAAUGGACAGGGAGAUGAAGAUACAGCCGAUUUGGCGAUGCUCAACAGCCUCAUAUCCCUUAAAACACUUCGACGUCUACUCGUCGUUGGCUACGAGGCACCUCACAACGACAAGACUGUCCAGCAGUUCUGGACUGUAUCUCAGAGCCACUUUGGCCAGUUUCUUGGCUUUGUCAGCCAUGACUCCCACGUACCGGCACCAUAUCAAGACACAGUGGGGAAGCAUCUCUUGCAGUUUACGAAGCUUCACAUCGACAUGUCUGAAUCACAUCCCGCCAGUUUCGCUGUACUUCCGAAUUCACUGCCUCUGGUACACGCCUACUGGGACUUGGUUGCCAAGUUUGCCGAAGUUUUUGAGAAGUCUGGCGGUAUUAGACAGUCUUCUGGUGACGCUGGACAGUCGGAAUCAAAGUCCAAGGUAGAGGGACCAUUGUUGGAGAGGCUAGCGCUGAGGGCCCUGCUCCUAAUGAGAUCUUGCCUGAGGAUUGCAUUCUACCCCAAACAGACAUUCAAAUACAAAAGCGCGGAGGCGAAGAAGGACGAGAACGACGCUGUUUCACUUGUUAAGCAAGAGCUCCUCAAGGAUGAGUUUGUUGUUCAGAUGGCCAACAUCAUCAUCACCCACCUGUUUGUCUUCCGUAAGGCUGACUUGGACGCUUGGGAAGAAGACCCAGAAGAGUGGGAGCAACAAGAACAAAGUGAGGGCAAUGCCUAUGAGUGGGAAGUAAGACCCUGCGCCGAGAAGCUCUUCCUGGACCUGCUCGUCAACUUCAAAAAUUUGAUGAUUCCUCCUUUGCUUUCGUAUUUCCAGACCGCGGUAAAUCCGCAGUCAGAUAUCGCUACAAAGGAGGCAGUGUAUACGGCCUUGGGCUUGGCCGCACCUAAUGUUGUCAACGUCUUUGACUUUGAUAGUCUGCUCGUCUCCACGAUUGUACAGGAUGCUCAACAGCAAGGGCCCCUUUAUAAAGUGCUCCGCCGCCGAAUCGCGAUCAUGGUCAGCCAAUGGGUGACCGUAAAGAUCGCUGAUAGCAGCAGACCGCUUAUUUACGAGAUGUUCCGGCAUUUCCUCAACCCUGCAGACGCGACCAACGAUGUCGUGGUCAGGAUUACUGCUGCACGUCAACUCCGAUGGAUUGUGGACGAACUCGGCUUCAGCGCGGAAGCUUUCCUUCCGUACGCCGCUGACGUGCUCAAUGAGCUUCUCCAAUUGCUUCAGCAUGUCGACAUUGACGAGACUAAGCUUGCCGUUUUGGAGUCUAUGCGGAUCUUGGUCACCAGAUUGGAGAACCACGUCUCACAAUUUGGAGAUUUCAUUAUGACCAGCCUUCCCAAUAUUUGGGAGAACUCCGGAAAUGAGGACUACAUGAUCAAGCAGGCUAUUAUUGCCAUAUUCGCUGCACUGGUCAUGUCAAUGGGCAGUGAAUCGCAGCGUUACCAGCAUCUGAUGGUUCCUUUGUUGUCAGACGCAGCAAAGACUGGCUCUGAUCUUCAUACAUAUCUGAUUGAUGAGGUGUUGGAGCUCUGGAACUCGGUCUUGAUGCAAAGUAACCCUCCCUUGUCUGCUGAUAUUAUGAGCAUAGCAGAGUUGUCACUUCCUAUCCUGGAGUAUCAGACAGAGACUGCUGCGCAGGCACUAUCGGUAGUAGAGUCGUACAUCCUCUUGGGUACGCAAGCGGUUUUGGAAGAUAGACUGCGCCGUCCUUUCCUGCAGGCGUUAUCAGGCGUCCUUGAUUCCAAGAGUCGGGAACAGGUUAGACAAGGCACUGUGUGCAUUGAAUACAUAAUUCGAGCUGCCUCUGAGCUAGGCGGUACCAACGGAACCUCGGUGGUAAUCCAGGACUUACUGGAGACCGGCUUCUUGAAGAAAGUCUUGGAAAGCCUCCAUGACGCUUGGGAGGCCCACCAAACCACCGGACCGAACAGAAAGGUCAGCAAGCUGAGCACAAUCACGGAACGUGAUUACUUUGCAAUCCUUUCCCGGCUGGUGCUUGCUGAUCCAGCUCUUUUCGUCACGAUGCUCACGUCGUUUGGGCCUCUGGAGCAUGUAUGGGGCUGGCUUAGCGGCGAGUGGUUCUCUCAUCUCGAUGGUCUUGACCAUAUCGAACGACAAAAGCUAUCCCUGUUAGCUUUGACACGUCUUCUCGAGCUUCCACAGCCCAUGCAGAGCCUGGCGCUCGGUAAACUGCAAGACUACUUCGCUCUCUGGACAGGCACUAUCGCUGAGCUUCAGGACGGUAUGAAGGAUGGUACCGACUCGCUCAUUUGGCAAGAAAUGGAGCCCAAUGAUUACGAGACUCCCAAGAGCCUCAAGGAGACGGAGUGGACUCAGAAAGACCCCAUUCAUACGGUGAACGCCAUGUAUUUCGUUAAGGAGAGGUUGCAGGAUGUCAUCCAUCGCUCGGGCGGCGAUCAGCAAUUCGAGCAGGAAUGGGCGAUCAAUGUUGAUAGGGAUGUACUACAGAAGUUCUGGGGUUUGACGCAGGUCAAUAGGGGUGCAUGA